AGAAACGUGUUUUAGCGUGCUGGUUUCCUGCGAUCUGAUAUGUGUCGUAUCGUUUCAUGGCUCCUGAGAGGGUUUGAACAAUUAAUAUUCUACUCAUGACCCAUGAACACAAACGCAGUGAAGCCUUCACUUGCAUUAUUUUGCUGAUUUACAGCCAAGUGAGGAGCGUGACAUUAUUCCAAGGACCUCACGCCUGAGCUUGUGUUUUUGGGUAAACAACAACAAGGAUGUAAGGCCAACCGUUCUGUCGGAUGGUCGUUAUGUAAUUCUUAGACAAAUAUACAUUCUGUUGCAUUAACAGCAACGAGCUGCGUCCCCUGGCUCCACUCUGCCAUCUAGCGUCACUGCAGUCCAGUGUUUCCUCGGCGGGGGGUUCGGUGGGCUCUUGUCGGUCCCGGUUAGAACAUGCACGGGCUCUAUGAACCACUGCUGACAUAGAUGCAAACUUGUUCCAGCGCGUUCAGCGCCUUAAGAUCUCUCAGAAUCUAGAGAGUGCUGCUUAGCCUUGACUUAUUAGAAAACGAACACUGCUGCCGUUGCCUCUUCUGUUUGGGGUUCGGGGCGUGCGCUCUUUGACGAAGGACCGCCCGGCUGCUCAGAGGCUCCGCCCUCUUCCGAAUCAGCCACAACAUUAACGCGCACAGACUGCAGACUGAACUCACUCACUCCUGCCACUGCACACCCAACACAGCCCUGAGCCUGAGAAAUGAGCGAUAGCUUGAUGGCAGAUAUUGAUUAUUAUAGCCUACACAGAAAGUCAGUUUAAAGCUAUCAAUUAUUCAUGGGCAGUAUUCUUUCAUUAAUAUUGAUGUAUUGGCUAUUUCAUGUUGUUUUGUUUCUUUAAAUAAGUGCUUGUCAGUCUGAUAUGAACAUAUCCAGAUUUGUUCUCUAACUCCAAGCAGAAUGCGUUUUUAUUUCUAAGGAUUAAAAGAUCACCCCUCCCUUGUCUACAUGCAAAAAUAAAAUAAAAUAAAAAAUACACAUCAGCGUGUACCUUUAAAACUAAGUUUGUCGCUUACACUGGAAUGAGGUCAGACCCAAAGCUCCUCAUUGCACGCGCUGAUUAUUAUUAGAUUCCUUUUUGCGCCAAUGAAAAUAGAGUGGGCGUGUCUUUGGCGCGGGGAAGGGUAGAGACAGCAGCUGAUUGGCCGGCCGCCGUCGCUAUUAUACCAUUGGAAACGGAUAAAGCCGCAUGAGGCAGAAUAGAAGUCUGUUGAAACUUACAGACUGCUUUUAAGAGACUAACACUUGUGCUAGCAUCACAUCCUGGUUUUCCCGCAUGGUUUGAAGGGGAAGGAUAUGCAGGAGUCGUCAGAUAUCUUCCGAAACUCGAACAGAGCUUUGCUGCGUCGCAGCGCACACACUAACACUGAGCCCUCGCAUAGCUGCGCUCAUAAUCAAACUUUCAACUGCUCCUCGACUGUUACAACAUUAUUACUGGAUGCAAGGACACUGUGGAAAUCGGACACUGUAUCCGCUCCGUGAACUGUAUUGUAAAGCCACGAAACAGAACCUUUAGACACGCCAAGCCACCGCACUGAGCACGACUGAAAGCGCGUGUGUGGCGCACCAGCUCUCCUCAGGACUAUUAUCAGACUGAGUUUUCUUUAGCGACACGUUUGACUUGAGAGUGCACAUAGGCUCUUUCUCUCACACACUCACACAGAGACUGGUGUAGCAAUGGUCCAGAAAACAAACAGCACGGAGAAUCCCGAUGCGCUGUUUGCUGGGGACUCGUCCGACUCCGGCGCGCUGGAUCUGGAUAUGGCUUCUUCCCCCACCUCCGGCUCCACGGAGUCCGGCGCGGACAAGCUUGACCCCGGCUGGUGCAAAACCCCCAGCGGUCACAUCAAGAGACCAAUGAACGCGUUCAUGGUGUGGUCGCAAAUCGAGAGGCGCAAGAUCAUGGAGCAGUCGCCGGAUAUGCACAACGCGGAAAUCUCCAAGAGACUCGGCAAGCGCUGGAAGCUCCUGAAAGACAGCGACAAGAUUCCCUUCAUCCGAGAGGCGGAGCGGCUGCGGCUCAAGCACAUGGCAGACUACCCCGACUACAAGUACCGGCCGAGAAAAAAGGUGAAGUCGAGCAGCCCCAAACCGAGCGAGAAGGGAGAGAAGAUCAGCAGCGGCAGCUCCAGCUCGAAACCAGCCUCAAAGAAGAGCGUGAGCCCCAGAUCCACGAGCAAGCCGCACAGAAUAGUUCUGGGCAGCGCGAAGGCAGCGUUUCCCGAGCAGGGACCCGCGGAUCACCACUCUCUCUACAAAUCCAAGUCAGCGUCGGCUUCCAAGCAGAUUCCUGACAAGAAGGCAAAGCGGGUUUACAUUUUCGGAAGCAGCAGCGGCAUAACCCCGUCCUCGGCAGCCGUGCCCGCCAGCCCGACCCUGAGCAGCUCCGCCGAGUUCAGCGAGCUGCAGAGUCUGUACGAGGACGGCGCGAGCAGCGGCAAGGAGGGCGCCGAUUCCCCCAGCAGCGCGUCCUCGGACCGCCACCGGUACACCACCAUGCGGGCGACUUCUCCCACUCCAUCCGCGUCACACUCCUCCUCUUCGUCGCAGUUCUCCUCUUCCUCCGACGAGGAGCUCGACGACGACAUGCCGGACAUUAACCCGAGCCCAGGCUUUGACAGCAUGUCCAUGGGCAGCAUCGGCUCGUCGGUGCUGGACAGAGACUUCGACAUGCACUUCGAGUCCGGGGCUUCUCAUUUCGAGUUCCCCGACUACUGCACGCCCGAGGUGAGCGAGAUGAUUUCAGGGGACUGGCUGGAGUCCACCAUCUCUAACUUGGUGUUCACAGCUCACGUGCUGAAUUAGGGGAAAUGCGUCUGAGGAAGAACACUGAGCAGAAGGGAUAACAGACAAGUGUGUUUGUUUGUAAAAUACGCCACCGUGUGAAGCUCUCGCCUGGCAACGCGCUGAUAAACAAAGCUACGAUGCUCCGGUGAAACGCUGACAGGAUGGAAAAGUAAAGGCGCCCGUGAAACAUUUAAUCGCGAGAGGGCCGAAGUCAUUUCCCCGUGCUCGGCGCGAGACUAGAGGAAGAAUCUCACGAGGAGUGCUUGAGAAAACGCGUUCUGAACUGGAAAACUGUGAUUGAUUUGCACGUACACGAGGGCGGGCUUUGGUCGUCUGUUUAAUCAUUUUUACUUCAAAAGAGACGUUUAUGAACUGUAACCAUUCGCCUUGUGGACUUGAUUGUUUAAAGAGGUACUGAAAUGUAGGCUGAUUUUCAGCGCGGCGGAUUUAUUAACAAGGUGGGUUGACAAAAGGCAGGCCGUUUUUACAUAAAGAAAAAGGGGAAAAAGAACGCAUGUUAUGUGUCCUCUCUUGUGUUGAGAUUUCUGUAAGACUGUCGAACAGUUCAACUAGCGUUAGGAUCAUUUAAAUGGAUAGAUGGCGCUAUGUUUGAUUUCCUACUCGCAG